GGCUGGAGCAUGGUCCGCGGCAAGAUGGCGGCCGAGCGCUGGUUCAACCAGUGCGGAAGUGAGGUUUUCUUCACAUGGUGCUGAUGAGUGAAUCAUGAUGAUAUUGUAGGGAUUUGCCAUAUUAUGGCUGCUUUUCGAUCUCAGCGUGUCACAAGAUCAUCAGUUGGGUCGAAUGGUUUGGAUGAAAACUUCUGUGGCCGAACCUUGAGAAAUCGUAGUAUUGUUCACUCUGAAGAUUCUUCUCCACUUUCUCAUCUAAGAUCUCGAUCACCCAAAAAGAAGCAGGACGGUAUACAACAACAAAAGGGUACUAAUGGAGGAAGGGUCACGGAAUGUAAACAGCAGAGUGUUCGAGAAUCGUGGGUGAGCCCUAGGAAAAGGGGAUUAUCGUGUUCUGAAAAGGAUAAUAAUGAAAAAAAAGCUUUAGACAUUUGUGAUACAGUAUCGCCAGUUUUUAAACGUGUAAAACGCUGUUCCCGAUCAGAAACCAUUGAUGGUUCAGAAGAUGUUUCACCUGUGAAAAAUGAAAAACAGCCACUAGAAAGAAAAAGUUUGGCUGUAAAUAAUGACGGGGACUCGUCACAGCUUAAGCGAGCUCGACGAUUUCUUUUACUGGAUGAUUGUGACAAAAGGGAGGUCAAAAAGGGGAAAGAUUUGGACAACGGACAGAACAGUUCUGUGUUGCCUGUAGAGGUAACUGCUCACCAGACUUCCAAUGGGAUCAAUGAAAAAGAUGCUGCUGUUCCAGAGUUUAGUGAGUGUGAAUCUAUUCAUUUGAACAAUAAACCAAAAUGUGUUGAUGUUGAUACAUGUACAUCCGUUUUACUGACUGAAAUUGAAAAUAGUAAUUCAUGCGAUCACUCAGUACUGCUCAAUGGCAGUAAGAUCGUCACUGUUUCAGAGCCUGAUGUGCCUUGUACAGAUUCAGAGUGGGAAGGCUACAGCAUAGUGAGUGAUUGCCCCUCUGUAUCACAAACUAGUCAAUCACAACAAUCUACCGCAGUUCUAGCAAUCGAAAAUCCAUCACAAAUCAGGGAGUCUGAGGAAGAAGUGGAUGUUGUUGGAGAUAGUUCAUGCCAGUUGAAGGAACAGUGUUUUGAAAAUGCCAAUUGCAGUAUCGAUACUGCUCAGGACAUUGAACAGUUCUCAGGGGUGACUGAUUCAUCUGCAGUGCUGGACUCUGGAUUAGUUCCCUUGGCUGAGCCUCAAGAACAUAGAUAUGCAUUGAGAACUUCACCCAGAAGGGCUGCCGCUGUUAAGUGCAGUCCUCAAAAGAUAAAUUCACCUUUAAGGGACAAUGGACAGCCUGAAGACAAAAUUCCCAGCCUUAAUGAAAUGGAAAAGGCUGUAGGAACAGUUGCUGCUGGCACUGAGCAUUGUAUGGAAUUUGAAGAAGAUUCUCAAUCCAAGAGAGACCUGCCUCAGGACUCUGUUGGAGAAUGUUUCAAUGGAAAUAUGUCUGAUUUACCCACGGACUUGGGCCUGGGAAGUGGGCACUUAUAUACUAGCAGGGAGAGUAGCAGCCAGCAAACUAGAGAAGAAGAGGAGGAAGAACCUGACGUGUACUACUUUGAAUCAGAUCAUGUGGCACUGAAACACAACAAAGAUUACCAGAGGCUGCUGCAGACCAUUGCUGUACUAGAAGCUCAACGAGCUCAGGCUGUUCAGGACCUGGAAAACUUAAGCAAACACCAAAAGGAAGCACUCAAGGACCCUAUUACAUUUGUAGAAAAUCUCCAACAAAAGAUUGAUAUGGAGCUUCCAUGUUCACAAAGAGUUGUUCAGCUGCCUCAGAUUCCAUGGGAUCACUAUACAUCUGGCCUUGGCAAUUUUGAGAAAGAAUACAGAAAUAAGAAACACAACACAAGAAGGCUAAAGUUAAUCUUUGACAAAAGAUUACCUCUAAGACCAAAAAGUCCUGUUGAUUCCAAGAAAGAUGGGGAGUCAUCAUCGUCUUCUUCUUUUUACUGUUCAACGUUGCCUUCAAGUGAUACCCCAGAGGUAAUGGCCACAAACAGUCGCACACAGGUAAUAAGAGGACGGAUUUGUGAUGACUCUAAAUCAGAAACCUAUAACCAGCUGUGGAGUAUAGAAGAACAGAAAAGAUUGGAGGAACUGCUCCUUAAAUACCCACCAGAAGAAGUGGAAACACGUCGCUGGCAGAAGGUAGCAGAUGAACUAGGCAGCCGAACUGCCAAGCAGGUUGCCAGUAGGGUGCAGAAGUAUUUCAUUAAAUUGGCUCAGGCUGGAAUCCCUGUUCCUGGAAGAACUCCAAACUUGUAUUUGUCCUCUAAGAAGGCAUCAAAUAGGCAGCAGCAUCCUCUCAAUAAACACCUUUUCCGCCCAUCAACCUUCAUGACAUCGCAUCAAGCUCCUGUGUAUAUGGAUGAUGAAGAUGACAGGAGUAGCUUCUACAGCAGUCAACUGGAUGCUUCUGCUGACUGCGAAGUCUCAGAUGAUGAAAGCAUUCCACCUGCCUAUCGACUUACACCAGAAUACAAAGAGCUGCUAAGGUUAAAAAAAAUGAAAAAGCAUAAACUUGACCAGAUGCAAGCAGAAAGUGGUUUUGUGCAACAUAUUGGCUUUAAGUGUGACAACUGCGGAACAGAUCCCAUUCUUGGGGUGCGGUGGCAUUGCCAGGACUGUCCACCAGAUGGUUCAGUAGAUUUCUGUGACAGUUGUUCUGACUGCCUGUAUGAAACAGAGAGUCAUAAAGGUGAUCACCAGCUGGAGCCUAUCUACAGAGUUGAAACAUUUCUGGACAGAGACUACUGCUUGUCUCAGAGUACCGGUUACAACUACCUUGAUCCAAACUACUAUCCUGCAAACAGAUGACAAGAGGGCACAGUUGAAAAACCAUUGAUUUGAGAUCCUCAUCACUGCAUUACAAAGGCUCCAUUGUUAAUUCCAUGCACAGAUUGGAAGAGUUCUGCUAUGCCGAAAACAUCUGUCCACAGAUGACCACUUCACUGGCAUCCUCAUCAGCUGUGGCUCUGUGCUGCCACAGUCUUAUAGGUCAUUCAACAGCAGCUGAACAUUCCUUAACUUCCAGAAGGUUUUCUCAGAAGCCUUUUGGAGUCCUCUCAGUACGUUCAUUACCUCCUGGAGAUGAAGGCAGAGGAUGGGAAAACAAAAUGGGUGCAAACUGUAAACCUAGUUAUUUAAUUCCAAAGGUAAGAUGGUUUCUGUGACAAGGACUGAUCUGUUAUCAUAAUAUGAUGUAGAUAAAUGUCGGUAGACAAGUAUUUAUGAAACAACAAAAUACAUUAGAUUGCUAUCACGUUGUGUAGUUUCAUAGUCUUUAUCAGCACAAGGGUUGUCAUUUGUUGCAGGAAAAAAGACUAGGUUUUAGCCACGAAAGAAUUCUAUUGAAUUUAUUAAACUAAUGAGGUCUACAGUAAAUUUCUGGACCUGGUUAUGAUCCUGUGCUAGCCUGCAUAACAUAAUCAGCUGCUUAAUCUAGCAGACCUUUCAUCUUCUAUCUAUUAGCCCCUCCACUGAGCAACAGAAGCACUACCUGAGGCAAAGAGAAAAUCGAAAAAUUGUGGCUUUGUUUCCCCGACAAGCUGAUGAGUUGAAGUUUGAAUACCAUUCAGUUGUCAGUGAAAGUGUUUUUAGAUGUAAUGUGCUAUAAGAUGAUUAUGUAAUGUGUACAAAAUAUGGUGAAAAAGUACAGUGGUAGCAACAGUGUACAUCACUUUAUAUACGCCCCACCCCACACUUCCUUCAGAAUUAAAUAGAGCCCUUUCCCCUAAAAUGAGAGUUGUCUCUACAACUCAUUAACAAAACUGCCUAAAGAUAAUCAAGUAUUAUAAUUAAUUCCCUUUUUGUAGUCUGCACAAGCUCCAUUUGCUGAAAGAUUGUAUUUUUACUAUGUAUUUAAACAAUUGAUCAAAACUAGUCAGCAAUGAGCAAGAGUUCACUUGCGUCCUUUUAUACUAGUAGUUGUUGUGCAUCAAUUAGAACAUUUUUGUACGGUUUCAGUUUUUGGCCUCAUCUGUGUGUAUGCAAUAUGUUCUUAUACAGAUCUGUACAACUGUCAGGACAACUGUGAGAAAUAAAAUCAUGUGGAAAUAG